AUGGGAAAUUCAGGCUCCAAAGGUGUCGAAGGUAGAGUACCAUCAAAUUCAUCAGGUAACCAUAAUACUAAUAAGACUUCUCGUUUAAGCGGUGAUUACAGUGAUACUAUCAGCACACAUAGCACACAUAGCAAUGCUUCAAAGAAGAAAAAACUAAGAAAACCUAGUAGAAAAUCAUCCAUUAGAAGUGUAAGCUCUAAUAAUAUUACUACAAAAACUAGUAUAGAUGAUAAUUUAACUACAAAUAAUCCAGAAACAGAUCAUAUUAACAACGAAACUCGUCAACCUCAUAGCACCCACCGCAACUUACCAUCCAAUCUUAUUCAUAGAAGAUCUAAAAGUAGUUCUGCAAUUCCAGCAAUUAGCAACACAAAUACAAACACCACUUCUACAACAGAUAACGAGAAUGGUAAUAAUACAAAUGCCAUUAAAAGUAGUACUACCGGCAACCAUAAAAGAUCCUUUACGCCUUCAAGACAAAGACGAUCAUCAGAUACCAAUACUGACAAAUCUUUGCCUGCUUCCAUGAUACAGAUGGAACCGAGUACUAGUAUAUUGAGAACCAAGCGGGGUAGUGGUAGCAGUAGCAGUAGUAACAUCAAUAAUAAUAAUAACAGUAAUAAUAAUAAUAAUAAUAAUAAUAAUCAUAAUAAUAAUGGAAGUACGUUUCAUGAGAAUGCCUUAACUGAUGAUGAUAAUGAUGAGUAUUAUAACAGUAGCAAUAAUAAUUUAAAAUUGACAAAAAAGAAAAGCAAUGAUUCAUCUUCAUUUAAAAAAAGAUUUCCUUUUAAUUCUCCAAGUACAUCUAGAAGAAAUAGUUUUAAUUCUACAUCAAGUUUAAGACGUACUUUAUCCAACAAUAGUAGCAAUGGGAAUAAUAGAAAUAAUGAUCAGGAUAGUAGGAGUUCUAGCGCUGGAAAUAAUCAAUCAAAUGCAUAUUUGGAGGUUCCAUUUAGUAAUGGUAGUAACAAUAACAACAAUAAUAAUCACAGCCAUAAUGAGAACAAUAACACUAAUAAUUUGGCCUCUCUAUCAAGAACGUCAUCUAUUGUGUCAUCCUCUUCAAAUGGCAAUAGCGCGAAUAACGGUAGUGGCACCCCUUCACAUUCUAGAUUUAAUAAUGGUAGUAGAAAGUCCUCUUUUAGUAGUUUACGUAGUGCUAGUAGAUCUAAUUAUACUACUCCAAUGGCUUCGCCUGGGAUUUUGCAAAAUGCACAUUCAGGUGACGAUUACUUUAGCAUAAAUAAGCGUGGAUAUAGUAAUAGUGUUUCAAGCAACAAUAGUGCUGGUGCCAAUACUGACCAUGUUUUAAUAAAUAGCAACAAUUAUACUGGUGACAAUGAUUACAACAAUGGGUCUUAUGUUGAAAACUCAGGGAGUUAUGACACCAAAAGUUUUAUUGGUGAACAAGAUUUUGGUCACAACACGCUUAAUGAUUGCGGGCAUGUAAAAGACACUUUUCCCAGAAUUGAUAAUAAUAACAACCUGUUAACGUCCGAUGAAUUAUUAACGCAAUCGGAAGACGGGACGGGAAACCCAGAUGGUACUGGCGUUAAGACGAACCAUCAUAUUGAAGGUGGUGAUUACAUAACAAACAAUGACACGGAUGCUAAUAAUAAUAAUAAUAAUACAAACAAAAACAAUGGUGAUACAAAUCCUACAGCAACAAAGAAAAAGAAAGUUAUAAGGCCUUUAGAUAUAGAUUUAACAAUUCAGAAACUAUUGGAUGCUGGGUAUUCUGGUAAAAGAACCAAAAACGUUUGUUUAAAAAACAGUGAGAUUCAACAAAUUUGUCAUUUAUCAAGAGAAAUAUUUUUAUUACAACCAGCCCUAUUGGAAUUGUCGCCGCCAGUUAAAAUUGUUGGUGAUGUUCAUGGCCAAUAUGGCGAUCUAAUUAGAAUGUUUGAUAAGUGUGGCUUUCCACCAACCUCGAAUUAUUUAUUUCUAGGUGAUUACGUUGACCGUGGCAAACAAAGCUUAGAAACUAUUCUAUUGCUAUUGUGCUAUAAGAUUAAAUACCCAGAAAACUUUUUUUUAUUAAGAGGAAACCACGAGUGUGCUAACGUUACAAGAGUCUAUGGUUUCUAUGAUGAAUGUAAAAGACGAUGCACAAUUAAAAUAUGGAAGUUGUUUAUAGAUACAUUUAAUACUUUGCCAUUGGCGGCAAUUGUUGCUGGGAAAAUUUUUUGUGUUCAUGGUGGAUUAUCUCCCGUUUUAAAUUCCAUGGAUGAAAUUAGACACGUUAGCAGACCAACGGAUGUGCCGGAUUUUGGAUUAAUUAAUGACUUAUUGUGGAGUGAUCCUACCGAUUCACCCAAUGAAUGGGAGGAUAACGAAAGGGGUGUUAGUUAUUGUUAUAAUAAAGUUGCUAUCAAUAAAUUUUUAAAUAAAUUUGGGUUUGAUUUAGUUUGUAGGGCGCAUAUGGUUGUUGAGGAUGGAUAUGAGUUUUUUAACGAUCGUAGUCUAGUUACUGUAUUUUCUGCACCUAAUUAUUGUGGGGAGUUUGAUAAUUGGGGUGCUGUUAUGAGUGUUAGUGAUGGAUUGUUAUGUAGUUUUGAAUUAUUGGAACCAUUAGACAGUGCAGCUUUGAAAUUGGUUAUGAAAAAGGGUAGGCAGGAGAGAAAAUUGGCUGCAUUACAGCAACAGCAGCAGCAACAGCAGCAGCAGCAGCAGCUACAACAGGAGGCUUAUGGGCAGGAAGUGCAACAGUAG